CCCAUCUAUCCCUUCUCAUCGCACGAGCAUUUUAGGGUUUAGCGGCCCGCCCCCAAUAUAAAGUCACCUCUUCCUUGCCGCUCACAAUUCUAGGGUUUCCACUCUGCCGCGCCGCCUCUCCCUACCUCGUCGCGGAAGGCUGCUCGCACCACCGGCGCGAUGAGUAAGUUGCAGAGUGAAGCUCUGAGGGAGGCAAUUGCAUCAAUUACCAAUGACGCUCGUGAGAAGCAGCGCAAGUUUGUUGAGACUAUCGAGCUGCAGAUUGGACUGAAGAACUAUGACCCGCAAAAGGACAAGCGUUUCAGUGGUUCUGUUAAGCUCCCUCACAUCCCUCGUCCUAAGAUGAAGGUGUGCAUGCUUGGUGAUGCUCAGCAUGUUGAAGAGGCGGAGAGAAUAGGUCUAGACAAUAUGGAUGUGGAAGCCCUCAAGAAGAUGAACAAAAACAAGAAGCUAGUCAAGAAGCUGGCAAAGAAAUACCAUGCUUUCCUUGCAUCUGAGGCCAUCAUUAAGCAAAUUCCUCGACUUCUGGGACCUGGUCUUAACAAGGCAGGAAAGUUCCCUACAUUGGUGAGUCAUCAGGAAUCCCUUGAGUCCAAGGUUAAUGAGACUAAGGCUACGGUGAAGUUCCAGCUGAAAAAGGUGCUUUGCAUGGGUGUUGCCGUUGGCAACUGUGGUAUGGAGGAUAAGCAAAUCUUCCAGAAUGUGCAAAUGAGCGUGAACUUCCUUGUGUCACUCUUGAAGAAGAAUUGGCAGAACGUGAGAUGCUUGUAUCUGAAGAGCACUAUGGGAAAGGUGUACCGGGUGUUCUAAUUCUUUCUAUCAGGCUUGUAGAAUUUCCAGGAGAGUUGUCUACUUGAGCACUAUUGAGGAUUGAGGAGUUAAAUCACUACUGCCUUGUACGGGAUAGUUUCGUUCUCUAUGAUCAAACUUGUUGCAUUUUCGUGUUUCAACACCAAUUUGUCGCUGUCUUCAUGCACUGGCAUUGACCAGUGAUGCUCGUAGGACUCUUGCCGAAUCUUUUGUUUUCCUUUUUUUUCCUCAGCCAUAUCAAGUCGUAUUAAAAUUUUGGAUGCAUUGGAUUGUUUCCACGUUCAAUGGAAUUGGUGGAUCUUGUCAUUGUUGUU